CAAGAACAAGAGCCCAUUAUACAGCAGAGGAUACAACAAGCAGUUGAUGAAGUGAAGACAAAGUCAUCAGAAGACAAACAGAAAGUAUUAAUGGACGCCAGCAGACAAUUGAGGGAAGCACUGAAAGAAGCUAAUGCACAAUCAAACUCAAAAGAAAAUUGUUGGAAUUGUGGUAGGAAGGCCACAGAGACCUGCAGUGGUUGCAGUAAAGCAAGAUACUGUGGUACUUACUGCCAACAUAAAGACUGGGACAGACAC